AUGGCGGCCGAACAGUGGCACUUCAACACGAAGGCCGUUCACGUGGGCCAAGAUCCCGAUCAGUGGAACUCAAGAGCUGUCAUUCCACCUAUUACGCUUUCCAGUACUUUCCAGCAGAAAGCACCAGGCGAAUCUUACCCCCACGGGUUCGAAUAUUCACGAUCGGAUAAUCCGAGCAGGAAGUGCCUGGAAGAAAGUCUGGCGUCGCUCGAGCACGCCAAAUACGCCCUGGCAUUUGCCUCAGGGAUGGCAGCAAUAAAUAACGUGAUGAAUCUGGUGUCUCCAGGAGAUCAUAUUGUGAGCUUCGACGACGUGUACGGAGGCACCAGACGGCUCUUCAAAUCACUCAUGAUCCCAAAAGGCUACGAAGUCACCUAUGUAGAUGCCACUGAUUUGAAGAAACUGCAGAAGGAGAUUAGGCCAACCACAAAGCUGGUUUGGCUGGAAUCUCCAAGCAACCCCACCAUGAAGCUGGUAGAUAUCAAAGGCGCUUGUGAGAUCGUGAGAAAGAGGUGCUGCGCCAUACUUGUGGUAGACAAUACCUUCAUGUCUUCCUACUUCCAGAAACCAAUUGACUUGGGCGCUCACAUAUCCGUCCACUCGCUGACCAAGUACAUGAACGGUCACUCCGACGUAGUCAUGGGUGCGGUCAUCACAAACGACAAGAAGAUCUACGACCAACUGCGCUUCUUCCAAAAUGCGGCGGGUGCAGUUCCCUCUCCAUUCGACUGCUUCCUGGCGAACCGGGGCCUCAAGACGCUCCCCGUCCGAAUGGAGCGUCACAUGGAAAACGGACUCAAGGUGGCCAAGUUUCUGGCUAGCCAUCCGCUCGUCGAGAAAGUCAUCCAUCCAGGCCUUCCGAGUCACCCCCAGCACGAACUGGCCAUGCGUCAGAGCUCUGGCUUCAGCGGAAUGGUGUCCUUCUACAUCAAGGGCGAACUGACGGAGUCCACGAACUUCCUCAAGAGCACAAAGAUCAUCGCCCUCGCUUCGAGUCUGGGAGGCGUCGAAAGCCUUUCGGAGCUCCCGACCGUCAUGUCGCACGCAUCCGUGAAGGAGGAGGUGAAGAAAGCAAUCGGCAUCACCGACAACCUCAUUCGGCUGUCGAUUGGAAUAGAGCACAUCGACGACCUGCUCAACGACAUCUGCCAGGCCCUGCACAAGGCGGCUGAAGGGUUUAUACUCUGA